CAAGACUAUGAGACUACAGUCGACUAGUUUUCCUACAAAAACCUUCCAAAUUUUCCUCAUUUCCCCUUCUAAUGUUCUUCAUUCCAUCUUUGGAUUCACGAAAACGAUGUAAUCGUUUGUAAAGAUUUAGGAAACUUUGCAGAAGAUGGUGUUCAAAGGUAGAUUCUUCACUUCUAAGAAGUCCGAUUCAUCGAGUUUAGACGGAUCAAACAGUCCUAAAUCAUCUGCUUCCAGUUCUCCAAUUAGAUCUGACAAAAAGAAAGUGAAAGAUGAUCAGAGGAAUCAACCGAAACACAAGGAUUUGGCUAGUAAAUUGGCUCAGCUUCAACCUAUGGCGAUAUCGACUCCUUCGAGUUCGUCUGCUGGUGGAAAAUUGGGAUCAAAGGUGAGGAAAGGAACAGAUGUGAAGGAAGCUCCGUCUUCUGUUUCGCCUCUUUUGGCUUCUUCAUUAGGAUUGAGUCGGAUUAAAACUAGAUCAGGACCUUUGCCGCAAGAGAGCUUUUUGGGGUUUAGGGGAGAGAAGGCACCUGUUGUUGGUGCUAGUAAUUUGUCAAAGCAUGUUGGAAAUGAUAGUUCUUCUUCGGCUUCUGGGUCGUCGGGAGGGAGGAAAAAUGAUGGUAAGGAUCAAGGAGGUGGGCGUGAGAAAAAUGUUGUUAGCUUUGAGGGAUGGGCUGAUAAUAAAAGCAAUCCAAGCUUUAUAUCUGCUGACCAAAGUCCGCUAAUACAAGCGAAAUCAAGGCUACAGAAUGUUGAUUCUUCAUCUGAAGCUGUUCAAUCUCAUUCAUCUUGGAGCCGUUCUAGAGGCAUGCGAAGUUCUGAAUUACACACCCCUGAAAUUAAGCCAUCUUAUGAUCUUGAAAAUCCAAAGGAAUCUGAAUCUCCCCGCUUUCAAGCUAUACUACGUCUUACAAGUGCACCUAGAAAAAGGUUUCCUGUUGAUAUCAAAAGCUUCUCCCAUGAAUUGAACUCCAAAGGUGUACGUCCUUUUCCAUUUUCGAAGCCUAGGGGACUUAACAACUUGGAGGAGGUCUUGGUUAUGAUAAGAACAAAGUUUGACAAAGCAAAGGAAGAGGUGGACUCUGACCUGCAUAUUUUUGCUGCAGAUCUUAUUGGACUCCUGGAAAAGAGUGCAGAAAUUCGUCCUGAAUGGCAGGAAACUAUUGAGGACUUGCUGGUUUUGGCUCGUAGAUGUGCUAUGACAUCACCUAGUGAAUUUUGGCUUCAGUGUGAAGGCAUAGUUCAAGAAUUGGAUGAUAAGCGUCAGGAACUCCCUUUGGGCACACUGAAGCAGCUAUAUACAAAAAUGCUUUUCAUUCUUACUCGUUGUUCAAGGUUGUUGCAGUUUCACAAGGAAACUGGUCUGGCUGAAGAUGUGAAGGUUUUUCAGUUUCGCCAACCUAUUCAUUCUGCAGAUCAAGGUAUAACAAAGUCCUCAAGAGCAGCCACACCUAGGAAAUCUUACAGUCAGGAGCAGAAAGGGCUGGAUUGGAAGAGAGAUCAUAGCGCAUUGCCUGAAAAAAUUCCCCCUCCACCUGCUGAUGACACACCAAAGAUACUUGAAUCCCCUGGAGGAAGGGAUCGAAUGUCCUCUUGGAAGAAAUUCCCUUCUCCACCUGGAAAGAAUCUGAAGGAGGCGAUUCUGGUGGAGCUAAAUAACACCAAGUUGGAAUCCUCAAAGAUCUUAAGCAACAGAAGAAUCAGUUCAGAUGUUGAUUUAGGCACCACUCCUACGCUUAAUGAACUCCAUCAGGAAGGUUCUCAAGCACAGCCUUUAGUUUCUUCUAAGCACCGGCACAAACCAUCAUGGGGCUAUCCUGGAGAUCAAUCUAGUAUUUUUGAAGGGCAUUCAAUCAUCUGUCGCAUAUGUGAAGAAGAGGUUCCAACUUUGCAUGUAGAGGAUCACUCAAAAAUUUGUGCAAUUGCUGAUAGAUGUGAUCAAAAGGGUCUAAAUGUCAAUGAUCGUCUUUUCACAAUUGCUGAAACUCUUGAGAAGAUGGUAAAAUCUUUUUCAGAGAAAGAUUUCCAACAUGGAAGCCCAGAUGUGGCAAAAGUAGAUGAAGAUUCUUAUAUGCUCUCUCCAAUACUGACUGAUGGCUCAUGUAGAGGCUCUGAAGACAAUCUUGAAUGUCUCCCUGAAGCUAAUGGGUCUGGUUUCAUGGAUGACUUCAAAGGUUUACCAGCAAUUUCCUGUAGAACGCGUUUUGGGUGCAAGUCUGAUCAAGGAAUGACAACAUCAUCUGCAGGCAGUAUAACUCCACCUUCUCCAUGGUUAACACCAAAGACUUGCCCAAUAGACUUGCUAUUGACAGGGAAGGGUGCUUAUACAGAGACUGAUGAUCUUCCACAGAUGAAUGAACUCGCGGACAUAGCAAGAUGUGUGGCAAAUGCAUCCUUGGAUGAUGAUCGCUCCUCAUCUUAUCUGCUCACUUGCCUUGAGGACUUGAGGGUUGUUAUAGACAGAAGAAAGCUGGAUUCACUCACAGUGGAGACAUUUGGAGCACGUAUAGAGAAGCUGAUUCGGGAGAAGUAUUUACAGCUGUGUGAGAUGGUGGAUGAUGAGAAGGUUGAUACAUCAAAUUCAAUGAUGGAUGAGGAUGCACCAUUAGAAGAUGAUGUUUUACGUAGCCUGAGAACCAGCCCAGUGCAUCCUUCUAAGGACAGGACAUCCAUAGAUGAUUUUGAGAUUAUAAAACCAAUUAGUCGCGGUGCAUUUGGCCGGGUUUUCUUAGCAAAAAAGAGAACAACAGGGGACCUUUUUGCUAUCAAGGUUCUUAGAAAGGCAGACAUGAUUCGUAAAAAUGCUGUUGAGAGCAUUUUGGCAGAACGGGAUAUUUUGAUUUCAGUUCAAAAUCCUUUUGUGGUUCGCUUCUUCUAUUCAUUUACUUGUCGUGAAAACUUGUACCUUGUGAUGGAGUAUUUGAAUGGAGGUGAUCUAUAUUCGUUGCUGAGAAAUCUAGGUUGCUUAGAUGAAGAUGUAGCUCGUGUAUAUAUAGCAGAAGUGGUUCUUGCUUUGGAAUAUUUGCACUCUCUUCACGUGGUUCAUCGCGAUCUAAAGCCUGAUAAUUUGUUAAUUGCACAUGAUGGGCACAUUAAGUUGACUGACUUUGGGCUUUCCAAGGUCGGACUCAUUGAUAGCACUGAUGAUUUGUCUGGUCCAGUUGUUAGUGGUACAUCCUUAAUAGGAGAAGAUGAACCACAAUUAGCAACUUCCAAGGAACAGCAAGAAAGGCGAAAAACACGCUCUGCUGUUGGAACACCUGAUUAUUUGGCACCGGAAAUUCUUCUAGGAACCGGACAUGGUGCAACAGCUGAUUGGUGGUCUGUGGGUGUUAUAUUAUUUGAAUUGAUUGUUGGCAUUCCACCUUUCAAUGAAGAACAUCCUCAGAUGAUAUUUGAUAAUAUUCUCAAUCGCAAGAUACCCUGGCCGCGUGUGCCAGAAGAAAUGAGCCAAGAAGCAUUCGAUUUAAUUGAUCGGUUAUUGAUAGAAGAUCCUCAUCAGAGACUUGGAGAUCGAGGAGCAAGUGAGGUGAAACAACAUCCAUUUUUCAGAGAUAUUAAUUGGGAUACACUAGCUAGGCAAAAGGCAGCAUUUAUUCCAGACUCUGGGAAUGAUUUGGAUACUAGUUACUUUACAAGCCGGUACACAUGGAAUCCUUCCGAUGAACAAGUAUAUGCCAAUGAAUUUGAAGACGAUAGUGAGAAUGGAAGCACAAGUUGCAGCAGUAGUUGCCUCAGCAAUCGACACGAUGAAAUGGUGGAUGAUGAAUCUGGAGGAAAUGUAGAAGACUUUGAGCCAGGCUCUUCUGUCAACUAUUCCUUCAGUAACUUCUCAUUCAAGAAUUUAUCACAACUGGCAUCAAUCAACUAUGAUUUGCUUUCUAAAGGAUGGAAGGAUGAUCCACCAUCAAAGAACAAUCCUUAACAGUAGCAGAUCCUCAAUUCAGUUUUAUAUUUUGUUCUGUUCUACAUGGAGGAUCAAUGGUCUUCUUUUUGUACAACCUUGUACAUAUAGUGCUUGUGGAAGAAGGAGAUGGAAGGGUUCUACCUGCAUAUUUUUUCAGUUAAAGACCAAAGAUUAUAUCAUUUUGACUGAAAUUGGCAAAAUCAUCAUCCCCCAGUGAAGAAAAAACACAUCAUUGGUUUGACAUUGUUCAUUUGAGCAUAUAUUGUUUGCUAGACUAUGGUUUUUGUUCUUGUUUAAAGUUAAAACAGUUCAAAAAUAACAAUUUAAUACUCCUUAAUACUCAUAUUAAA